GACGUAACCCUGGGCAGGACCGCAAGUAACUUAGUUCUUGAGAACCUCCGCACCUCGAGGUUCCCCACCCCAAUCCCGGGAGCUGGUUUCUUUCCCCUAUCGGCCCAGGUACCCGACCGUGGACACUCGAAGCUGGGCAGAGGUUCCAAGGACUGGCUCGGGGCGGGGUCCCCAUGGCGCAGCUGAUUGCUACAGGAAGUCCUUCCGCACAGUCUGGGUUCAGUAAGCCCGGGGCUGUGAGCUUCGCGGACGUGGCCGUGUACUUCUCCCCGGAGGAGUGGAGGUGUCUGCAGCCGGCGCAGAGAGCCCUGUACCGGGAGGUGAUGCGCGAGACCUACGGUCUCCUGGGCGCGUUCGGAGGCGGAGGCGGAGGCGCCAAGCCAGCGCUCAUCUCCUGGGUGGAGGAAGAAGGCGAACAGUGGGGACCCGGUGCCCAGGAUCCAGAGGUGGCCAUGUGGACCACAGAAACCCACACAGAUUGCAGACCAUGGGAAGAGACUGAGGAAACCCAGAAGCCGUUUGCUGCCCAGGCUGGGCGGGAGGAGCCUCACCCCUCCUUUGAUGCUCCCCCUUGUAACCUGGAGCAGCUGUUCAAGGAUCCUCACCAGGGACACCUGGCGGGCAUUCACGCCACUGUCCUAAGGACAGAUCAGCGUCACGGCUGCCACCUGUGUGGGAAGAGUUUUGCCCAGCGCUACACACUGGUGGAGCACCUGUACACCCACACAGGUGAAAAGCCAUUCCGUUGCCCUGACUGUAACAAGGCCUUUGGGCGGGCCUCUUGCCUGAGUAUGCACCGUGCCAUACACCGAGGGGAACGACCGCAUCGCUGUCCUGAAUGUGGGAAGAGUUUUUCCCAGCGGUCCACACUGUUGGCGCACAUGAACACUCACACGGGUGAAAAGCCGUUCCACUGCCCUGACUGCAACAAGUCCUUCGGCCGGGCCUCUUCCCUGAGCACUCAUAGGGUCAUACACCGAGGGGAACGACCGCAUCGCUGUCCUGUCUGUGGCCGGGCCUUCACGCAGCGCUCUGCCCUCACCACACAUCUUCGUGUGCACACUGGGGAGAGGCCGUACCGCUGUGAUGAUUGUGGAAGCUGCUUCAGGCAGAGCUCUACGUUCCGUGAGCACCAGCGGGUGCACAGCGGCGUAACACCCUUUAUUUGCACCGACUGUGGCAGAGCUUUUGCCCAUGCCUCACAUCUUCGGUGCCACAAGCGCACCCACACAGGUGAAAAGCCUUACUCAUGCCCUGAGUGUGGACGCUGCUUCCGACAAUCUGGUAGUUUGGCAGUCCACAGGCGGACCCACAGUGGCGAGCGUCCCUACCCCUGCCCUCAGUGUGGCAGAUGCUUUCGCACCAGAUCAGCUAUGACGAGCCACCAGUGGGUCCAUCGUCAAGAAGCUAAGAGCCCUACGGAGAGAAAAGCCAGUCCGUUAUCUAUAUCCAUGGCCCCUGACCAAGGGGACCUGGAUCCACCUGUGGACUUCCGGCACUACCCAGGGAUAAUCCAGGAGUGCGGGGGAUGGUCCUAAAAGUGUCAAAGAGGAGGGUGA